AUGCCGCUGAACGGCUCCUCAGGCGCCGGAGGAGCCAACCGCACCUCGUCGUCGUCUCCCAGCGCAGGCGGCGACGGCGAGCCCUUGUCCCUCUUCCGCCUGCUGGUGCUGAGCCUGCUGGCGUUGCUGACUCUGGCCACGCUCGUGUGGAACCUGCUGGUGCUGGCCACCAUCGUGCGCGUGAGGGCUUUCCACCGCGCGCCGCACAACCUGGUGGCGUCCACGGCGGCGGCCGACGCGCUGGUAGCGGCGCUGGUGAUGCCCCUCAGCCUAGCCAAGGAGCUGUCGGGCGGGCGGCGCUGGCGCCUGGGCCGGGCACUGUGCCACGCGUGGGUCUGCUGCGACGUGCUCUGCUGCACGGCCAGCAUCUGGAGCGUGGCCGCCAUCGCCCUCGACCGCUACUGGUCCGUCUCCAGGCACCUGCGCUACACCCCCCGCGCGCGCCGACUAGCCUCGGGCGCCCUCAUCGGCGUGGCGUGGGCGCUGGGCGCGCUCAUCGCGCUGCUGCCGCUGCUGCUCGGCUGGGGAGGCAGCUCGUACAGCGCCGAGCAGCAGCGCUGCCAGGUCAGCCCCGAGCCCGCCUACGCCGUCUUCUCCACUGGGGGCGCUUUCUACCUGCCCCUGGGCGUCGUGCUCUUCGUCUACUGGAAGAUCUACAAGGCGGCCAAGUUCCGCGUCGGAGGCAGGAACGCCGUCGGGCCCCUCCCAGAAACGGGCCAGGUGAAAGAAGCUUCUCAUCAGCCGCAGAUGGUGUUUACAGCUCGUCAUGCGACUGUCACUUUCCAGACAGAUGGAGAAACAUGGCGAGAACAGAAAGAGAAGCGAGCGGCUAUGAUGGUUGGCAUUUUAAUUGGUGUGUUUGUACUUUGCUGGAUUCCCUUCUUUGUCACAGAACUAAUAAGCCCCCUUUGCUCCUGCACCAUAGCACCAGUCUGGAAAAGCAUCUUCCUCUGGCUUGGUUACUCCAACUCCUUCUUCAAUCCUCUGAUUUAUACAGCUUUUAACAAAAACUACAACAAUGCAUUCAAGAACCUUUUUGUGAGGCAGAGGUAAAAAGAGCAAUGGUUGGGGGGGGCAUGGCUGCCAGACUAAGAUUGUACUAAGAUCAUUUAUGCAAAUUUUGUUUGCUAGGUAAUUCCAUUUGCAUAUUUCACUUGACUGUGGAAAUUAAGCAGUAAGAACAGGAAUUAAGCAGCCCAGUUUUCUAGAGAAGAAAUCUCUAACCACUGCAAAAGUCCUCCUGCCCAGUUGGCUGCAGCUACCUAUAUGAAAGGCAGCAUAUAAUUUUCAGAACCCCACUUCGAUCACAAUUAAGCCUGUGCCUUGCAAAGGCUAGACCGUAUUUUAAAAGUUGUUCUGCUCCUUUGUCAGAGGCCAGUUUUAGUGUCACCAAUAACUUUUACUAUGAAACAUUUAUGGUGGGUGUAGUAAGGCACCAAAAACAAGAAUUCCAAGAGUUACAAGGCACUACAAUACACAGAGCCUGGAGGUAAGUAAAGGGCCAGCAAUAAAUAAAAUCCCUAACCAUAUUUGUUUGCUUUAGUUAUUCUUCAGAUAUUAAUCAGAAUAAAGAUCAGUGACUGCUAAGAUACAAGAAUCAUUGAACUUGGGUGGCUGAACUUUUAAAACUUUAAUCACAGCAAAACUGGGCAAAAUCAUGUGAAAUGGCACAAAGAAGUGUUCUGUUAAGUAGAGGAUGGAGGCAAUUUUCUGAGGACUACAGCAGGGGAGCAUUUCCCAGCUAGCAAGUCCAGAGCCUUCCAUUCAAAUCAGUUGUUUUUUUGGGGAAAUAUAGAUAUGUGGAAACUUUCCUUUAGUAGCUGCAAAUGACCCUAUUAACUGGACUGGAUUUGCCUACAUGUCGCCAGCAUGUGUUUUAUGUCUUAGCCCUGUUACCAUAGUGCUAAAUACAUUUUAUGGGGGAAAUCAUGACUCUGAACAUUGAAUGAUACAUGGGGAGGACAGCGUAUCACUCUGCAAAGAGCGCAAAACAUAUUGCAUCAACUGGUUUCCUUCCGAGUCAUUUAGCGGUUACCACCAUACUUUGGCAAACUCUUGGUGUUCUUUUCUUCCAGAAAAAUGCUAAUGUGUAUUUAAUGAAAAAUAAGUGCAAUCUUUUCUUGCAGCAUCACACGUAUGUUUUACAAUGAGCUGGGAUAAAUAUUGUAAAGCUCUUUUACUCAGCUGCGUGUUCAGCUAUUACCUCAGUUUUAAGAGCAAUGCAAAGUUGGCAUCAGGCUCAUUGAAAUGAGUCUGGUAGCUUGGUCUGUAUAAAAUAACUUAAUUGUCAAAUAUAUAUUUUUAAAAAAACAACAGCAUGCAAUAUAUACUUUGGUGACAUCAAUGCAGACUGAAUUUUCAAGCUUUAAACUAUUGUCCAGGAGCAGAGACUGCAAGGUUUUUGUUUUGUUUUAAAUCAAUUUACUGGUACAGGAGGAAACAUCUGCAUCAGCUUGCUUUGAAAACUAUGGCUAUAUCAAGUCCCCCCACCAUUACCUGCUGCAGAUCCUCAAUACCCACAAUAUUAAGCUACUUGUUGGUCAGACAACCCUUCAAAAAGGCAUAUUACGCAAUAUAGGGGACUGCAGGCAGGUGUGUCCCUAUCGCAUGAAGAAUACAAGGAAACACA